AAUGAUCUAUAGGUCAUUGUAAUAAUCUGCAUUGCAUUUGCAUAGGUAAACAGGUAUAAAUCCGUAAACAUUACAUGUAAAGUAAACAUUUUGUCACAAUUAUUGGAUAUUUAGAAGAAAUAUGAGUGGUUUCGAGCGGGACCCGAAGAAGCGGCGGGUGAAGCCGGUGGGGCCGGCCCAGCAGUCGCUGCUUGACUUUGACCUGGGAGAGAGCUCUGACGACAGCGACUUCCGCAUCGAGGACCAUUGCGACGAGUCAGACGAUGACGACUCCCUCGACUCGGAUGAUGACGGGAAAGACGGCAGUGGCGGCGGGGACGAUGCCGGGGAGGAGACGGAGGGCAGCGAGGACGAGGAGGUUUCCAGGGUGAGGCACAAGUCACGCCUCCAAGGGCUCACCAUCGGGGAUGUCAUAGAGCAUGCGAAGCAGCGGCAGUCCGAUGCAGAGCGCCAGCUGAACGUGAAGGAUGCUGCGAAGGUGCUGAUCUGCUGCGGCUGCCUUGGCGACCGCAGCGACGACGCCAACGAGAUAGUGGAGUGCGAUGGCUGCGGGGUUACCGUCCACGAAGGCUGCUACGGUGUGUCGGACACGGCGAGCGUCUCCAGCACAGUGUCGUCGUGCAGCACAGAGCCGUGGUUCUGCGAGGCGUGCCGCGCAGGUGUUACCAACCCAACGUGCGAGCUGUGUCCCAACCCAGGGGGCAUCUUCAAGGAGACGGACGUGGGCAAGUGGGUGCACCUGGUGUGUGCGCUGUACGUGCCGGGCGUGGCCUUCGGCGAGGUGGAUCGGCUGUCAAGCGUCACGCUGUUCGAGAUGCCGUACAGCAAGUGGGGCGCGCGCACGUGUUGCUUGUGCGAAGACGGACGCUUCGCGCGCACCGGCGUCUGCAUCGGCUGCGAUGCUGGCAUGUGCCGCACCUACUUCCAUGUCACCUGUGCCCAGAGGGAGGGGCUGUUGUCGGAGGCGCACUCCGAGGAAGUGGACCAGGCCGACCCCUUCUACGCCCACUGUAAGAUGCACACCGACAAGAUGCUCAUGAAGCGACGGCGCAGGAACUGGCUGGCCCUGCAGCUGCGCACAAAGCAGCGCCAGCUGGACUCACAGCGGGACGGGCAUGGCAACUCGGCUGAGCAACUGCGCAUACAGCGCAAGCUGGCCAAGUACCGGCAGAAGUAUCUCAAUGGGAAGACCAGCCGCGUGCCUCCGUGGGUGCCGACACAGAAGAUGCCCCGCCUGCUGACGACCAGCGCCUCAGCAUGUCGCAAGCUGAUGCUGAAGGCAGAGCUGAUGGGCGUCGACACACAGGCACUGGAGGUGCAGGAGGCGCAGAUGGCAGCACUCGCCGAUGUGCGCAAGAAGUGGCACAUCCAGCCCGCCUUCAGCGUGGAGUUCAUCGGCUACUACCUGGAUCGCAACAUGCGGCUGUCGUCCAUGAAGCGGAAGCUGGAGGAGCUGAUGGACAUCAACCAGCAGAUGCAGGACGAGCAGCAGAGCCUGCGACACAAGUACGACACGCUGGUGAAGGAGAGUGCAGAGCUGGGGCGAGUGAACGCCAGCCUGAAGCAGGUGGUGGGACGCUACCAUGCCACAUUGCGCUACGUCGCACCCAGCAAGAACCUGCCUGACCCGGAUGACCUUGGCAAGCUGCCCUCUCCUCCGCAGCAGCGCACCCCUCACGGUGCCCGCCAUGGCAGCAUGCGCCACAAGAACGACGCUGGCACCAUCUCACUGAGCGAGUGCGGCAUCUGUCGGCAGAGCAGGGACCCACACCUGCUGGCCAAGUGCGACACCUGCCACCUCUACUACCACCUGGGCUGCCUCAACCCGCCGCUGGCCCGUAUGCCCAAGAAGACCAAGCUCAUGGGCUGGCAGUGCUCCGAGUGCGACAAGGAGUCGUCCGGCUCGGACCCCGAGUGCGUGGAUACGGAAGCACCACGCAAGCUGCGGCACAACAAGGAGCAGGAAAAGCCGUUUCCCCAGGAGCAGCCGUCUGCGCCCAAGGUGACGAUCAAGGCCAUAGCCCCGUCCACGCCGACAAUGGCGCGCACCUUCUCUGUGUCGAUGCCAUCGGGCACGACCAACACGGUGACCAUCUCCUCGACGCUGUCGCCCAUGGCGGGCACUUCGUCCCACGAGGACGGGCCGGCACCUUCUCGGUCGGGGAAGAAGCGUCGUCGCGAGAAGCACCACCGCUACUCGCCGGAUGACGACGGAGCGGGUCCCAGCCGCGAGCACAAGCGCAAGCACAAGCGCAAGAGCCAGGAUUUGGAAAACCCCAUGCAGCAGGAGGCAACGCCACGCAUUAAGAUCAAGAUCAAGCCCAUCCCGAUGCCAGUGGGGGAGGGGCAGAUUCCAGGCGCGCCGCAGAUGUUCGUGGCCACGUCGAGCACGGAGCCGGGCAGCGCGCCACAGUCGCCUGCGCAGCACCGGAGCAGCCCGCGUGCCUCCUCCUCUGCCCCCAAGCGCACGCGCGACUCGGAUGCCAUGACCAAGUGUGACGUGUGUGGGGAUCAGGGCACCAACCAGAACCUCGUCAGGUGUGAUGAGUGCAUGAAGUGCUUCCACUUCACGUGUCUCGACCCGCCCGUCAAGAAGUCCCCGAAGAUGCGGGGCUACUCCUGGCACUGCGCAGAUUGCGACCCUACGGAAACUGACUCCGAAAAUUAAAUAACUAGGGUGUUGUGAAUGAAGAAUUGUGUUAAUUCUGUCCAUGUGGAAUGACCUUCUUCUUUAUGACAGGCCUGUUUUAAAGUGAACUGGAAUAACUUCAAACUCAAGAAGUUAUGAACAAAGUAUAGUUUUAUAUUUGUUUACUCAUAAAUAACAUAUAGCAUACGUAGUUGCCUGUACUAGUGGUAUAGUAGAGAAAAAAUCAAGCUUCAUUUAAUAAAGACAUUUUGUGGCA